AUGCGGCUGUUGUUCGAUGAGAAUAAAGGCACUGCUGGCGAAGGUGCGGACGGCAGAGUGGUGGGGUGUGGUUCUUUUGAAGGCACUAGCGGUGGAGAGGAGGGUCAUGAUGAUUCGAGUGGGGCGGGGGUGCAGCUACAGCAACAGCCGUCGUUGCCGUCGUCCCUAGGAAAGCGGAGGCGACUCGGUGAAGAUGAAUUUGUUCGAUUUGCUACUGUCUACUUUGACACCAUGGGAACCGAUGCAGCAGACUUCACUUGCGCUGAUGGCGCAGGUGGCGCAGCAGGGUUGUGCGGCCCCCCGAUCGCAGUCACGCGUGCCAGUCAGUGGGCACACUUCGAGGCUCUCGCUGGAGCAAAGGGUUACGUGUCCCUUGAGGACCUCGUCGCAACGGAGCAGGUGGACUGGCUCCGUCAACCCAUGAAUGAAGGAGAUGCCUGCGGCAAUACGGCGGAACACAUGAACGGCGCUCCGGCAGAAGUGAGGGGCAACGGUAAUGGGCGGCUGGCCCUGCUGUCGCACGCGUUUGCCAUUGUCGAUAGUGAUGGGGAUGGCAGAGUUGUUUUUGACGAUAUGGAAGGUUAUCUCGGGCCAGCACUAUGA